UAAGAGUAAGGCCUAGACAAUGCGAACCGCUCAUUCAAGUUCGACUGAUCCAAAACCUAACUCAAUUAUAUUAGGGCAUCAAUAGAAUUUAAGGCAGCUAAGAGAACUCACACACCAGUACACAUCUGGACCACUUGAGAAUUUUUUUGAACCAUUGGAGCACCACCCAUAUGGUAAUAGAGACAUUAUAUAUAGACUUAAUCCUCCUCGCUUUGAGCAACGCUUCACGCCAGUCGCCAGGCUUCUCUUCUUAGCUAUAAUGGACACAAAAAAGCUCCUCUAUUGUGUUCUCUACUACUUCCUCUUGUCCUCUCUAUCAGUGGUGCAAGGACACAUAGCUCCUCACCACCACCACAGCCACCGUCAUCAUCUCUUUAAAUCUGGUGGUCUAUCAAAGCUCUUUGUCUUUGGAGAUUCAUAUGUUGACACAGGCAACACCAACAAAUCUACGUCCGCUUGGAAUGAUCCCUAUGGUAUCACCUUUCCCGGUAAACCAACAGGUCGUUUCUCCGACGGCCGUGUCCUCACCGAUUACGUUGCAAAAUCCAUGGGAAGUAGGUCUCCAAUUCCAUACAGAUGGAGGAAACUUGGGAUCCCAUUGUUGAUAUACGGAAUGAACUUUGCAUAUGGAGGCACGGGUGUUUUUCCAACAUUGAACCCGGGCCCAAACAUGACCACCCAGAUUGAUUUCUUCCAGAAUCUCAUCACAGACAACGUCUUCAACAUAAGUGACCUCCACUCCUCUCUGACCCUCGUCACCCUUGCUGGCAAUGACUACCUCGCUUACAUUGUCAAUAAUGGUACUCAGGGAUUGGAAUCUUUCAUUCCCAAAGUGGUGACACAACUUACUGUAAACUUGAAACGCAUUCAUGGGUUGGGAGCGAAAAAGAUAGCCGUGACAGCUCUACCGCCUUCAGGAUGUCUCCCUCGGAGCACGGCCACAUCCUCGUUCCAACAAUGCAAUGAAACCGAAAACUCACUCGCGAAUUCCCACAACCUCUUGUUGAAACAGGCCGUGGCUAAGUUGAAUAAUGAAACCAACGACUCUGCUUUCGUCAUUGUUGAUCUCUAUGCCUCAUUCUUGUCCGUAAUCCAGAACAAAGGGGAAAAGGAAGGAAGUAUAAAGUUUGAGAACCCAUUGAAGCCAUGUUGCGUUGGGAUAAGCAGCAAUUAUAGCUGUGGGAGUGUAGAUGAGAGUGGAGCCAAAAAAUAUACACUCUGUGAGGACAAAGAAUCAGCAUUCUUCUGGGACAGUGUUCACCCUACGCAGGAGGGAUGGCUUGCUGUGUAUGCAGCUCUGCAAGCGACUCUCGAACAACUUUUCUAAGGUUGUUUGUUUCAUUCGUUUGUUAAGCAAUUCUGCUUUUGUUGUCACUGUACGUUAAAAUAAUCUAGAGAAUAAAAAAACUUGAACACAACUAUAUAUAUAUAUA